GUUGACACAGGCAGGCGGGUUUUAUUUUGAAGGUUCAGACCGGAAGUGGCGGCUAAUGUUUGAAGCUAGUUUGACAUUGGUGCUGUACUUUCUGUCAGUCACUUCACUGCUGUCCUUUAAACAGCAACACGCUUGGACUCGGCUGAUUCGAAAGCGCAGCUAUGUGCAGCUGUGUGCGGAGCUCCAGGGCUCUGUCCCCUGUCCUGCUCCCCAGGCUGCUGCUGCUUCCCCACACUGGGUACAGAUUGGCCAGCAGGGGCCUCUGGACCUCCCCUCACUGUUUGGCCGUCAGUGGAGACUCCCAGUUGCUCCCACUGCCCAGCCAGGCCCGUGUGGUGAUAUGUGGUGGAGGUAUUGUGGGGACAUCAGUAGCAUACCACCUAGCCAAACUGGGCUGGACUGAUAUAGUGCUGCUGGAGCAGGGCAGACUUGGUGCAGGAACAACCAGACUGUGUGCUGGCAUCGUCAGCGUAGCAAAGCCUAUUUCCAUUGAGUGUCAAAUGGCAAGCUACUCCAAUAGUCUUUACCAGCAGCUGGAGGAGGAGACUGGCGUCAAAACAGGGUAUGUGAAGACGGGCUCUCUGUGUUUGGCCCAGAAUCAGGAUCGCUUCAUCUCUCUGAAGCGACUGGCAUCCCGACUAAAGGUAAUGGGAAUCAGCUGCAACAUCAUUAAGCCUAAAGAGGUGGCCAAACUCCACCCUCUUGUUAACAUUCAUGACCUAGUGGGAGCACUCCACCUGCCUGCAGACGCUGUGGUGUCUCCUCCUGAUGUUAACCAUGCACUGGCUGUGGCUGCUGCUGGACAAGGGGUUCAGAUCUUGGAGCGAACCAGUGUUCAGCAGGUUCAAGUAGAGAAGGGUCAAGUGAUGGCGGUGGAGACUGACCGUGGCUCCAUUGAGUGUGAAUAUUUCGUCAACUGUGCUGGACAGUGGGGUUAUGAGCUGGGCCAGGCCAGUGAGACGAAGGUGUCUGUUCCUCUUCAUGGCUGUGAACACUUCUACCUCCUCACCAAACCUCUCCAGGAGCCACUUCCACCCAGCACACCAGUGGUGAUUGAUAUGGACGGCAGAAUAUAUGCACGACCGUGGCAGGGAGGUCUUCUGUCAGGAGGCUUUGAGAAGAACCCCAAACCAAUCUUCACAGAGGGCCGCAACCAGCUGGAGAUCCAGAACAUGCAGGAGGACUGGGACCACUUUGAGCCAAUGCUCAGUGCCUUGCUGAGGAGAAUGCCAGGUCUUGAGUUAGCUGAGAUCCAUCAGCUGGUCAACUGUCCGGAGUCCUUCACCCCUGAUAUGCGCUGCCUGAUGGGAGAGACGCCGGGUAUCUCUGGUUACUACGUGCUGGCAGGAAUGAACUCUUCUGGCCUGGCUUUUGCUGGAGGAGCUGGCAAGUACCUGGCAGAGUGGAUGACCUAUGGUUACCCUACUGCUAAUGUCUGGCCACUGGACAUCAAACGCUUUGGCAACCUGCAAAGCAGCCGAACCUUCCUGCGACACAGAGUUAUGGAAGUCAUGCCUCUGCUGUAUGAACUAAAGGUCCCUCGCUGGGAUUUUCAGACCGGGCGUCAGCUGCGGACCAGCCCUCUGUAUGACCGUCUGGACACGCAGGGAGCUCGCUGGAUGGAGAAACAUGGUUUUGAAAGGCCCAAAUACUUUGUACCUCCAGGGAAAGAUCUGCUGUCUCUGGACCAGAGUAAGACCUUUUACAAGCCGGACUGGUUUGACAUUGUUGGAGCAGAGGUGAAAUGCUGCAAAGAGGCUGUCUGCGUCAUCGACAUGUCCUCCUUCACCAAGUUUGAACUAACUUCAACGAAAGACCAGGCCCUGGACCUGCUGCAACAUUUGUGUGCCAACGACCUGGAUGUUCCUGUUGGACACAUCGUCCAUACCGGCAUGCUGAACGAGAGGGGAGGUUAUGAGAAUGACUGCAGCGUGGUUCGCCUCAGCAAGAACAGUUUCUUCAUCGUCUCUCCAACAGACCAGCAGGUCCACUGUUGGUCCUGGAUAAAGAAACACAUGCCCAAUGACCCACACCUCCAUCUAGAGGAUGUCAGCUGGAAGUACACUGCUUUAAAUCUGAUUGGACCUCGUGCAAUGGACGUUCUGGCUGAGCUGUCAUAUGUUUCUAUGACACCUGACCACUUCCCCUCCAUGUUCUGUAAGGAGAUGAGUGUUGGCUAUGCCAAUGGGAUCAGAGUAAUGAGUAUGACUCACACUGGGGAACCAGGUUUUAUGCUCUACAUACCCAUAGAGUAUGCUCUGCACGUGUACAAUGAGGUGAUGUCGGUGGGUCAGAAGUACGGGAUUCGUAAUGCAGGGUACUACGCGCUGCGCAGCCUCCGCAUAGAGAAGUUCUUUGCCUUUUGGGGUCAGGACCUCGACACUUUCACCACCCCGCUCGAGUGUGGACGAGAGUUCCGGGUUAAGUUUGACAAGGACACAGAUUUCCUUGGUCGCGAGGCCCUGCUGCAGCAGCGUCAGGACGGUGUGUCUCGGCGGUUCGUCAUGCUGGUUCUUGAGGACCAUGACACUGAGCUGGACUUGUGGCCGUGGUGGGGCGAACCCAUCUACUGUAACGGCCAGUUAGCUGGGACGACCACCAGCAGCGCCUACAGCUACACACUGGAGCGCCACGUCUGCCUUGGCUUUGUAUCUCCACCGCUAGGCCCAGAGGGGCUCCCCACACCCAUCACUCCAGACUUCAUCAACCGUGGGGACUACGAGGUGGACAUUGCUGGCCAGCGGUACCCAGCCAAAGCCAAACUCUACCCCUUCAGCUCUCUCUUUACCCAACAAAAACGCAGAAAGGACGACAUGGAGCUCAGCAACCUCCAGGGGAAGUGAUGCGGAGUAAUGGAAGACCCUGGAUUUGGCUCUGUAGGAGUUUCUGUGACACUCCUCCAGUUCACCAAAUCCUCCCCUGCACUUACCUCCCAGUGCCAACUUAUUGUCCCAUUUCUAGCUCCUAAUCGGAGGGUUGUAUGCACAAUCACUCCAUGUCCCUCUAACAUUUACCUUCCAUGUUGCAUCUCCCUCUUUUUAAAGUGCAAUAUUAAGAGCCACCAAAUACUUGAGCUGUAUCAAAUAUGGAGCUCCUAUAUCGUCAGAUUCUAAAGUUAUUCUCCAGCCCCCACACUCAGACACAGUCCACACAGUCUCAAUGGCUAGUUUACUGGGACAGGCUGUGGUUAAGUGCCUUUGUUAAGGCAACAUCAACGAUACGCGAUCUUACGACUCUUUCACUUUGUUCACUUUAACCCAUCCUGAAAGGAUCUUGACCGACAAUCUGUAACGUUUCGACGCGACACAGUCCGGAAGAGUCUGAAAGAAAAUGUCAUUCAGUGCUGAUGUGCAAAUGCCUACACAGUCAAUAUACAAGUGUUGACUUUAUUUUCAUUUUACAAGUUGUAUAUUUGCUGCUUUAAAGAAAUAUGAGUGAUGUGACUUUAUACUGUCCACUACUAUCAUCCCCACUACAUUGUCCUUAACAAUGAAGGGAUAUCCCUUCAUUAAGUAUCCUUCUCAGUAAGGGGGGAAAUUCCUGGCUGAAAAUCCAAUCAUUAGUAAAUUGUUGUUUUGUGUGCCGCCCAUUACUCCAGUCGUGUUAAAAAGGUUUCCCAAGCAAAAUUGCCUUUUUCCCCCUUUAUCAUCCAUUUUGUGCUGUUGUUGUUGUUGUUGUUGUUCUUCUGUGUGUCGAGCUUGUGGUAUUUAAGCUGAAGUGAUCCGACCUGUUUUUUUAUGUUUUGUGGUCGUUUUUGAAGCGACGUCGCUCUGCUGAAGCGCUGCUUGAGUUUUGAUGAGGGAGGGCGGAGAGGGAAAGCUGUGGCUGUAAUCCCACGAGUCCAUGAUAUCUUACAUUGUUGUUAGUUCUGUUUAUCCAUAGUUAGGAUAUUUGAGAUAAGAUGUAUUUUUGUAUAGCUAGUGUGUAUAAAAUCUCUAUUUUCAGUACUGCACACGUUUGUAGUCAGUCAGUUUUUAAGUUCUAUCAGCUAUUAUUAAUCAUCUACAAUCCAUUUGUUUCAUUCAUGCAGUUGUCUUUUUAAAUGCUUUCCUCUCUUCUUGUGCACAUGUACUUGUCAGCGGCAGCUUAAUGUUUUCCUACAUUUCUACAUUUGAUUUGGUCCGUUUGUCUCUCGCCCGCUUCAGAGGUCAAAAGUUUGGGAGAGCUAGAGUAUCAGGCCUGGAGCUGGUAGGAGCGUUGUGAGGUAAAUUGUUCAGAUAAAAGGAGAAGUUCAAAGUUGUCAAGUCAUACAUGGCAAAUAGAUAAUACUACUAUGUGUUUGUGUUGUCAAAAGGCUUUGGCGUGUUGAUCUGCUGGGAAGUUCGCUUGAGUGGCUAAAUGGUCUACCAAAAACACUAAACGUCUCACAGAAGUACUUUUUAGAUCAAUUACUUCUGAGUGAAGAGAUAUUGUCACAUUCAAAUGAUUUUGUUUAAUAUUGAUUACAGAUGCUCAGAUCUUUCUGAAAUGAGAAAUCAAGUGUAAAUAGAGUGAUCAAGUGUGCUCGAGGAUGGUAGGACAUGCUAAAGGACAGACACAGCAGGGAACUCACUGAACUCCUGGUGAUUGACAGGCCUUUAGACAGCUUAACUCCAUCAUCACUGAUAAAAAUGCUUCUUCACAGUGUAUCUCCAACUCCUUGUCUAAACCUCUACUUCUACUAAAGUGUUUACAGUGGCACAUAAAACAGGAAUGUGGAAAGCCUCAUCAAAUCUUCAUCUUAAUUUUUUUUUUUUGAUUAGUUUGCUAACAUCUCAGGCUUUUCCAUGACAAACGAUCAACAUCACACUCUCAAACUAGAACAGAACUUGCUCCAACGCAGAGUCGGACUCGGCUUAUAAAGGGCUAAUUUCUCUUUUGGUGUGCUUUGUUUGUAAAAAGAAAAGGCGCUGAUAAUAUUAAAUGAAGUUUUUGCAUGUGAGAGUGCAAUGUAUCAGUCUUUGUAUCCUUCAGCUUCAGUGCUGUUACUGUAGUGCAGUGUCCUUCUCCAACCCAUGGUACUUUUUGCUUUAGCUUCAUGUGAUUCACUUUUGGGGCCUCAUUUAUACAAGAAUCCAACACAAACAUCUUAGUCUUAUCAUUUCUAAUGUAUUCGGUAUUGUAUAAAUAAGGCCUCAUUAAUGAUUAGUAAUUAAUGGUGUACCUUUUUUAAGUUAAUGCACUUAAUAUCCAAGAGUCCAGUAGCUGUGAAGGCACCUUUUCAACAGUCUGACCUCUUUGUUGAGCAAAUUAUUAAAGGGAAACAGCCCCGAACAUUUGCACUAAACAAGAGCAGCCUUCUUUUUUUAUACGUGCACACACACACACACACACACACACACACACACACACACACACACACACACACAAAAGCAAGCACUAUCACUGAAUAUCAAGUAUAACAUAUAUCCAAAAAGCUGAAGGCGAAAAAAACAGCGAAUAGUAAGAAAAAAAAAAAGUGUCAGGGGAGUUUUGGGAAAGUUUGUUGUCAUGAAUACUAAUCGGUGAAGUGGUAGUGUCGUCUAUCCCAAAACACUGACACUCCACACUCACUGGUGCAUGUUUGUCUCGUUUGAUGUUUCCAUUAACACCACUUGUACUUGACUGUUCUGUAAAUGGCAGAUUUUUUUCUUCAGAGCUUUACAAUAAUGUAUUUAUAUGAUGUUCAUGUCUGGCUGUCUAAUGUACAUAAAGUAAAAUAUAAAGAGAACUGUGUUCAUACAAAAA